UGAAGCCUCAACCAGAGAACAUUGAAUAAUAAGCGGAAGCGAAAAACGCACAACCAGAAAAAGUUCGUCCCCAAAAAGCGACAAGUUUUCCUCGUACGUUUUCCCGCCAAAUGAGUCACAGAAAAUUCAUAAAGUGUUUGAACAGAGAAAUAAAGACUUGAAGGAAAUCUAAGUGCAAAUAGUGAUUCCAAGCAAAGAACAAUUUUUAUUUAAAAAAAUAAAAACAAAACAUUAAAAAAUAAAUAUACAAAAUUUAAACAUUCAAACUCAAAUUUUGUAUAAAAACAUCAACAAUGGCCAUUGCCUAUUACAUACCCGAUCAGGCCCAGUUGUUGGCCAGAAGCAAUCAGCAAAGUGCCCAGAAUCAAAGGACAACAGCAACACCUGCCGCAGCGCCACAGCAACCUCAACAGGCGCAACAGCAGCAACACCAACAACACCGGCAGCAACAGCCACAACGUCCUCACUUUCGUGCCAACAUUUCGGUGCCUUUGGGAAGACAGCAGGGGGCCAUGACGAUGUCGGAGUUCGGCUGCUGGGACCUUCUGGCCCAGAUCUUCUGCUACGCCCUGAGAAUCUACAGCUACAAUUCCAGCCAGCGACGGCCGACGGUCAUACAAAUAUCCUUCGAAAUCAGCAGUGGGAGCCAGAGUCAGGACGAUGAGGAUGUUACCGAUGCCCCCUCGAAAGGAAACUAAAUUUGCGUUCCAUUUCACUUUUUGGGAGGAAUGAAAAGUCGAGAAAUUUUCAUGGAAAGGCAGGCUCAAUCAAAGCGCAUUGUGAUUUCUUUUUUGGGUAUGGACAUGAACAGAAAGGGUUUUUGUAAAAAAAAUGGAUAUUUCCAAACAAGAAAAUAAGAAAAAUAUUUUUAAAACUAUUUUUGAGAGAUAAAGAGGAAAAUUCAAAAUUUGUCAUCGACUUGCUGAAAGUGAUAUUGAUUGUUGGUUACUUUUUUGGGUGUCAAAUUUUCCGUUUUCAGUUCAGCGGAGAAAAUGUUUAAUUUUGCAAGCAAAGGUUUCCCGGUUGGUUCAGCAUUAUUUUCGAGAUCCGAGCAAGAGACGAUUCAGUAAAUAUUUAUAAUUAUCAUAAACCUAAUCAGUGUCUAUACAUAUGAGUAAAACCACAAAUAUCGUAUUCAAGUAAAAACUAAUUGUCAAAUUUUAGCAUUUCACCUAUUAACAUAAAUGGUAAAUAAAACGUAAACUUACAAAUACAGAACUUCAGUACAGAACCAAGAAAUGCAGCCAGAAUAAGCCAGAACAACAAAUGACAACAACUCAAUUGUACAAAAUAGAUUUUAAGCAAACAACAAUUUUAUAUGUUUACAAAAAAAAAUAAAAUACAUAUACAAAAUGUCAAUAAUCUAGCUACAGAAAAUAAAAUACAAAAGAACCGCCGAACCACUAAAAAAUCCAGAAUUAAGCAACAAAAAAAAAACUUUACGCAGUUUUGAUACAAAUAACGAAUAAACAAAAUUUCGAAAUAUAUUUUAACAUUAUUAAUGAUUUUAGCAAAAUUACAAAAUUAUUAUUUCCUCUUUGGCAUUGCAAAUUAAACUAAACAUAAAUUAAUCAAAUGUAAAAUUUA